AUGUCGGGACUCAUCGAUCGUUCUCCCAACCACCCCACCAUAGCGUCAAAGCUGACCACCGCCUCUAAUGUCAUCUUGGUCGACAACUAUGAUUCAUUCACCUGGAAUGUAUACCAAUACCUUGUUCUUGAGGGCGCAACUGUCACAGUCAUUCGCAAUGACCAAAUCACCGUCGAGGAACUAGCAGCGAAGAACCCUACCCACUUGGUCAUCAGCCCCGGCCCCGGCCACCCCGAGACCGAUGCAGGUAUCAGCAACGCCGCGAUCGAGUACUUUAGUGGGAAAAUCCCCAUUUUUGGUGUGUGCAUGGGCCAGCAAUGUAUGAUCACAACCUUUGGUGGCAAGGUCGAUGUGACUGGCGAAAUCUUGCACGGAAAGACAUCAGAGUUGAAGCAUGACGCCAAGGGUGCUUACAAGGGAUUGCCAACUUCCUUGGAGGUAACUCGGUAUCACUCUCUCGCCGGAACACACUCGACUAUCCCCGACUGCUUGGAGGUGACUUCUUGGGCCGAUCUUGAGGACGGAAGUGGCAAGAAUGUUAUUAUGGGCGUGAGACACAAGGAGCUUGCAGUGGAGGGUGUCCAAUUCCACCCGGAGAGCAUCCUCACCCAAUACGGACGUCAAAUGUUUAGAAACUUCUUGGAACUCACAUCUGGAACAUGGGACAACAAGAGUGGGGCUGUUGCUGCUGCUCCUGCGUCGACUGAGAAGAAGGUUUCAAUUCUGGACAAGAUCUACGCCCAUCGCAAGAACGCCGUUGCCGAGCAAAAGAAGAUCCCAGCUCUCCGACCUGAGGCUCUUCAGGCCGCAUAUGAGUUGAACAUUGCACCACCCCAGGUGUCAUUGCCCGCACGUCUGAGACAGUCAAAGUACCCACUUUCUCUCAUGGCUGAGAUCAAGCGUGCAUCACCCUCCAAGGGUAUAAUUUCGGCAGACGUGUGCGCUCCCGCGCAAGCACGAGAGUACGCCAAGGCCGGCGCUAGCGUCAUCUCUGUCCUCACAGAGCCGGAGUGGUUCAAGGGCACAAUUGACGACCUGAGAGCUGUCCGCCAGAGCCUGGAAGGUCUUACCAACCGACCCGCCGUCCUGCGCAAGGAGUUUGUCUUUGAUGAAUACCAGAUCCUGGAGGCACGUUUGGCUGGCGCUGAUACCGUUUUGCUGAUCGUGAAGAUGUUGGAUGUCGAGCUUCUGACUCGACUGUACCAUUACUCGCGCAGCCUGGGCAUGGAGCCUGUGGUGGAGGUCAAUACGCCCGAAGAGAUGAAGAUCGCCGUCGACCUGGGCUCCGAGGUUAUUGGCGUCAACAACCGAGACCUGACCAGCUUUGCCGUCGAUCUUGGAACAACAAGCCGCCUCAUGGAUCAAGUGCCUGAGAGCACAAUCGUGUGUGCUCUCAGUGGAAUCUCAGGACCCAAAGAUGUGGAAAACUACAAGAAGGAUGGUGUGAAGGCCAUUCUCGUGGGCGAAGCUCUUAUGCGGGCACCCAACACAUCCGCCUUUGUGGAAGAGCUCCUCGGAACCCCUGAACAAACAUCACUUGGCUCGUCAUCAGCCUCCCCACUGGUGAAGAUCUGUGGUACUCGCACCGAGGCGGGAGCCAAAGCUGCUAUUGAGGCUGGUGCAGAUUUGAUUGGCAUCAUUAUGGUUCAAGGUCGCUCUCGAACUGUUCCAGACGAUGUCGCCCUCCGCAUUUCGAAUGUGGUCAAGUCAACUCCUCGUCCUGCCAACAGCACAAAUCAAGAAUCUACGACAGCCACACCACUGGAGUGGUUCGAGCACUCUACUAAUGUUUUACGUCACCCUUCUCGUGCUUUGCUGGUCGGUGUCUUCAUGAACCAACCACUUUCAUAUGUUAUUUCUCAACAGCAAAAGCUUGGACUUGAUGUUGUGCAACUGCAUGGAUCAGAACCUUUGGAAUGGGCAAGUCUGAUCCCAGUUCCUGUGAUCCGCAAAUUCGCACCUGGAGAUAUUGGUAUCUCACGCAGGGCUUACCACACUCUUCCGCUCCUUGAUUCUGGUGCCGGAGGCUCCGGUGAGCUCCUCGAAGCCAGUGGUGUCAGCAAGGCCCUUGAAAGCGACGAGGGACUACGUGUCAUUCUGGCCGGAGGGUUAAAUCCCGACAACGUCGUCGAGACUGUGGCGCAGUUGGGACAGUCUGGCCGCAAGGUUGUUGGACUGGAUGUCAGCUCUGGUGUUGAGACCAACGGAGCCCAGGAUUUGGACAAAAUCCGAGCUUUCGUCAAGGCCGUGAAGAGCAUUCGGCAAUGA